AUGGUCUCGACCACCCGAUCGAACGACCACCAGGCUCGUCCGCCAGCAUCCCUAGCGUCUGCCGGUGCGACGUCACCGUCACCGUCACCGUCACCGUCACCGCCAUCGAAACGCUUGUCGUCCAAAAGGAUUGUCCGGAUCGUGUUCUUUGCGCUCGUGUGUGACCUUCUUGCCUUCACCAUGCCGUGAGUCCCGUCCUGCUCGGAAGGUCCUGAAGAACGAUCCCGUUCACUGAAAUCUGCCGCAUACGUCGCCCUGGUCCACCUCAUCGCUCACAGGCUUCCUCUUUUUCCCCGGUUGAUCGACAACUUCGUGCUGGAGGAGUCCAAAUUUGCCGCCUUCUCCCCGACGCUCUUGUCGCGCACCCUGCAUUUCGUACGGACUUUGCGCGCCAAGCUUUUCUCCUACUCGUCGCUGGCGCCUUUGACUCCCCAGAGCACGGCUCGAUGGGACCUCACAUUGCUCGGAGGCCUCCUUUCGUCCCUCUUCUCGCUGUGCCAGUUUGUCAUUUCGCCCCACCUCGGCGCGCUGUCGGAUCGCUAUGGUCGCAGGCCGGUCCUCCUUGCGUCGAUGCUCGGGAAUCUCAUCUCCGCUCUGCUGUGGCUCUUCGCAAAUCAUUUCGGCCUGUACGCUCUUUCGCGUCUCGUCGGUGGACUCUCAGAAGGGAAUGUUCAACUAUCGAUUGCUGCCAUAACCGAUGUCACCUCCCCCGAGGAGCGAUCGCGGUCGCUCGCGCUGGUCGGAGUCGCGUUCUCCCUCGCCUUCACCCUCGGGCCUUCGCUCGGAGCCUACUUUGCUUCGCGUGUCGUAGGAAGAGGACAACGCAUCACUGUUGCAGGCCACCAGCUCGUACUCAACUCGUAUGCGGUUCCCGCUCUGGUUACCUUUGUUCUACUCUCGAUCGAGACGCUCUACCUCGCAUUGCGCUUGCCCGAGACGAGGUGGUGGAAGGAGGACCAGGCCGAAGAGGAUAAGGCCAGCGCCACGUCGGCGCCGAAGAAGAACGGCGCCGAUGAGAAGGCAGCGGCGGCUGCUCUUAAGCGAACGCCGGCGGAAAGGCAAGCAAGACUGAAGGAGUUGCAAUGGCUCCAUUUCGGUUUCUUGUUCUUCUUCUCAGGUGAGUGAAGUCGGGCCCUACCCUGUCGAGCCGAGUUCGAAAGAUGACUGAUUCUCUCUCGGCGCGCGGGUUUCAGGUGCCGAAUUUACCUUGACGUUCUUGACCUACACAUUGUUCGACUACACGAAUGCUGUGAGUUUUGGGUCGCGUAACGAAAUGGAAACAUGACCCUCUUUGCUGAUUCGGGGAACGUCUUUGUGCGGGUCGUUAGCAAAAUGGCCGCUUGCUUGGCUACAUCGGUAUGCUCGCUUCGCUCCUUCAGGGGGGUUACGUGCGCCGCAUGAAGUCGUCGACCUCAGGCCCUCCCCGCCUCGUCCGAACGGGCAUCUGGACUUGCUUCAUCUCACUGGUCCUCCUUGCCAUCUUGCCGCACGUGGGACCCAUGUCGCCCACCAGCCGUUUCUCCAACGCCAACAUUUUCCUCUACUCGGCCGCAACCGGGUUCGCGUACGUGUCGUCGACCGUCGUCACGAGCCUGACGGCGAUCGUGUCGUUCGAAACCGAUUCCGACGUCGAGAACGUCAAGAAUGGUAAAAAAUCCCAUGGCGAGGCGUUGGGCAAGUUCAGGUCGAGCGGUCAAUUGGGGAGGGCAUUGGGUCCGCUCAUCAGUACGAUGGUGUACUUCGUUUGGGGUCCGACUUGGGCCUAUGCGUUGGGAUCAAUCGGAAUGGCGGUUGUGGCGAGCAAAUGGAGUCGAGGGAUGGGUAAGAAGAUCAAAGUCGAAUAA